AUGUUGUCUUUUGCGCGGACUUCGAGAUCGGUAUUCUUACCUCGCUUUUUGUUAGCACCUGUUGAAAAAUAUAAACCAUACAGCCCGUUUCGGGUGACUCCUUCAAAUAAGGCUGAGUAUGUUAUUGCAAGGCUAGAUGAUGUUGUUAAUUGGGCUCGCAAGAAUUCAAUUUGGCCAAUUUCGUUUGGCUUAGCGUGUUGCGCUAUCGAAAUGAUGCAGAUGGCAGCCCCACGAUACGACAUGGACCGUUUUGGUGUAGUGUUUAGGGCUAGUCCGCGUCAGUGUGACUUGAUGAUUGUGGCUGGUACACUGACAAAUAAAAUGGCCCCCGCUCUGCGUCGCUUAUGGGACCAGAUGGCCCACCCGAAGUGGGCUAUCUCAAUGGGGUCAUGUGCAAAUGGCGGCGGCUACUAUCACUAUAGUUACAGUGUUGUCCGUGGUUGCGACCGCAUCAUUCCAAUCGACAUUUACGUCCCAGGUUGUCCACCUACUGCAGAAGCACUAUUAUACUCUAUUUUACAACUUCAAAAGAAGAUCAAGUAUAUGAAGACCCAACAGAUGUGGUAUCGGAAGUAG